AAAUUUCAUUUGACAGUGGUGCAAAUCACGGCGAAGGAUUAAUUCCGAAUGCCACAAUUUUCAUUUUCGUGUGAAAAUUAUCAGAAUUCAGGUGCCUAUAACUGAUCUUAGGUAGUCGAAAAAUAAUCAAAUGGUGUUCAGUUUGAGUGGCCGCAGUGUAUGAAACGGAUAUCGUUUGACAUUGAAAAAGAUGUCGGGCUCUACUCACAAGCACCGCUACAAAAACGCGGCCUUAGAUAGCGUGGAACUGCGGAGACGACGAGAGGAGGAAGGUGUGCAACUACGGAAGCAGAAGAGGGAACAGCAGCUGAACAAGCGGCGGAAUGUUAACGUCAAUCAGUUGCUGCCUGAAGACAAUGACCAACUACAGCUGGAAAGUGACAUUUUGUCACCCAUGUCCCCAGUUAUCACUCCAGAGAUGGUGCAGGCACUAUAUAGUCCCGACGUAGAACAGCAGAUUAACGCCACACAGAAAUUUAGGAAAUUGUUAAGCCAAGAACCCAAUCCUCCUAUUGAUGAAGUGGUUCAAACUGGGAUUAUUCCGCGUUUUGUAGAGUUCUUAAAAAAUUCAAGUAAUUGUAGCUUGCAGUUUGAAGCAGCUUGGGCUUUAACUAAUGUCGCGUCAGGAACCUCCCAACAAACACGGAUGGUUAUAGAAGCUGGAGCAGUCCCUAUUUUUAUUAUGUUGUUAAGUAGCCAGUAUGAAGAUGUUCAGGAACAAGCUGUUUGGGCUUUAGGUAAUAUUGCAGGUGAUUCACCAGAGUGCAGGGAUCAUGUUUUAGAUUCAGGAAUUUUGGUCCCACUUCUCCAACUGCUCAGUAAAUCCACUCGCCUAACGAUGACCAGAAACGCCGUCUGGGCCCUCUCGAACUUAUGCCGAGGCAAAAAUCCUCCAACGGACUUCGCCAAAGUAUCACCAGCACUUCCGGUACUCGCUCGUUUACUGUUUCAUUCGGACGCAGACGUUCUGUCUGAUUCUUGCUGGGCUUUGAGCUACUUAUCAGACGGACCGAACGAAAAAAUACAGGCCGUCAUCGACGCCGGCGUUUGUCGAAAACUAGUAGAACUCCUCAUGCACCAGCAGCCCAACGUGGUCUCGGCAGCUUUGCGUGCUGUAGGCAACAUAGUGACAGGUGACGACGUCCAAACCCAGGUCAUCUUGAACUGCUCGGCUCUACACUGUCUGCACCAUCUCCUGUCUUCGCCGAAAGAGUCCGUUCGGAAAGAGGCCUGUUGGACUAUUAGUAACAUAACGGCGGGCAACAGGCAGCAGAUCCAGGCGGUCAUCGACGCGAACAUCUUCCCCGUGCUUAUAGAAAUUCUGAGUAAGGCGGAAUUUAAAACUAGGAAAGAAGCGGCAUGGGCGAUCACGAACGCGACGAGCGGCGGGACACCCGAUCAAAUUAGGUAUUUAGUUAAUCAGGGGUGCAUCGGGCCGCUCUGCGAUCUGCUGACGGUGAUGGACGCGAAGAUCGUGCAAGUGGCCCUUAACGGCUUAGAGAAUAUUCUGCGACUAGGAGAACAGGACGCGAAGAAUCACUCGGGGACUAACCCGUACGCGGUGCUCAUCGAGCAGUGUUACGGUUUAGACAAAAUCGAGUUUUUGCAAUCUCAUGUCAAUAUGGAGAUUUACCAGAAGGCCUUUGAUAUCAUUGAACACUUCUUUGGGACGGAAGAAGAGGAUACGAGUGUAGCUCCAUCGGUUAACCCAGAUCAGCAACAAUAUCAUUUCAGUUCAGAUCAGUCUGUACCAAUGGGUGGAUUCAACUUUUGAAUAAUUUAGCUUAUUUACGAGAAAGGAGCAUACUUUGAGUAUCAAGCCAAAGGAUAACUGUCAAGAUAUCCAAGUAUAUACAUAUUUAGUUUGAAGGAAGUGAUAGUGUUACACCAAUUAGUGUAACAUUAGAAUUUUAUGCAUGUAUGCUUGAGGUUUUUUAUUGUCAUUUCAGAAAUCUUUCGCUCUAAAUUUAGGCUCAGAUCGUUACGCUUUUUAACGAGAAGAUUUGACGUUUUUGUUUGAAAUAUGUACAAGUCAUAUUUUAGUCAUUUUCUACUUAAUGACUUAAUGCUUUAACCGAUAAAACAUAGUUUGUUGUAAAAUUUCGUUAGGCUCGGACUUAAUUUAAAAACCAGUGUAUUAAGUGGCCUUUUGAGAUGUCUGAAUAAUGCGUGUAAGACGCACUACAACUUCCAAGUGCUUUUGAUAGGUAACUUGUUGUACUUUUAAAGUGUCAUUGGCUCGUUUUGCCACUUUUAAUAACAGGAGAACUGUUACGUUAGUGAAUGCCGUGACGUCUAAAUUUUAAAUAAAAUUUACUACUUUGGAGUUUGUCAUAGGUAAUCGCAUUUGUUGAAUGUGAAGAAAUUGUUAUUUUGUAUACACAUCUGGCUUUCUUUCGGAAUUUACGUUAAUUACCUAAAAGCUGGCUUUUAACUUCUAUGUAUAUCUUAGCUUAUUUUGAAUUAGCAACAGUGUACAUAUUUUACGUAAAACAUACAUGUAUAAAUAUUCCUAACAGCAUAUUUGUUUAUAGUUUUUAUUGUAAAGUAAACUAACAUUUAAGUAA